UUCUAUUACUAGUUGAACAAAAUACAGACAGCGCAGUAGGCAAGUGAAAUCCAUGAAGUUUAUUCAGAGAAACACAGAAAAAUGUCGAAUUUUAAUCGGAAAUUCUGAGUUAUUAAUGCUGGAUUGUAGUGAAUGAUAUUAAAGUGACACAGACAGUAUACAUAGUGGAACAGUGAAAAAUCGGCAUUUCAAAGAAACGGUCGCUUUUGUGUGUUGUUGUGUGAUAUUCCAAACAGUGCAAGGAUCGUCGAUACAAUGUCCUUUUUCGCUGCUAUAUUCGACUCUCUACUAAUCACUCCGAUACUUACUAUUUUAAGUAUAAUCUUUUUGGCAUCGCUGGGCAAAUCAUUUGGCGUACGUCGGUUUUACAUCAAAGUUUUGCUGAAAAUAUUCGAGUAUGGCAGACAAAACAUCGAAAAUUUUCGAAACUCCACACGCAUCAAUUUUAACAUCAGCGGCAGUUCGGAAAAUGAAUCGCUGCCACUGUCACCCCAUCAUGAGGACGAUUGUGAUCCGAAUUUGAAAGAACAAACCGUCACACAGAAUGGCAAAUGUGUGCAGGCACAGGCGAAUGGAAAUGGAUUGAGUGGAAAUACGGUCAUUAGUCGAGACACGUUGAUAUUGUUGCCGGAAGGGGAAUCAGUUUCGAAUGGAAAAAUCAAACAACAAACAACCGAUUCGAACGAAGUUAAAGACGACAUACAGCAGGACGAUCAGACAUUCGAAUUUGAUCUAUCCAAUUGUCUUGACUACGUCAAAGCUGGUGUGGAGGCCAUCAUUGAGGACGAAGUCACAUCCCGAUUCGAAGCGGAAGAACUAAAAAAUUGGAAUCUUCUCACAAGGACAAACCGAUACUAUGAGUUCAUAUCCUGGCGCCUAUCGUUCAUUUGGUUCUGCGGAUUCUUCAUUCGAUACUUCGUGCUGAUGCCAACACGAGUGUUUGUGUGUUUCGUUGGGGUAGCAUGGAUGAUUGUUACUCAAGCACUCGUUGGAAUGAUACCGAUGGAAGAGGCCCGUCGCUAUUUCAAUGACAUAGCAUUCAAAAUAGCCUUCCGCAUUGUUUGUCGGUCAUUGUCAGCCGUUGUGACAAUCCAUAACAAGGAAUAUCGGCCGAAGAACUGUGGAUUUUGUGUGGCCAAUCACACAACGCCAAUCGACAUUGCCAUUUUGUCAACAGAUUGCUCAUUUUCUCUGAUCGGUCAACGACACGGCGGAUUUUUAGGCGUACUACAAAGGGCGUUAGCCAGAGCCUCACCGCACAUUUGGUUUGAACGUGCCGAAGCAAAGGAUCGACUUGCCGUAGCGCAACGUCUGCGACAACAUGUAUCCGAUCCGACAAAUCCACCGAUUCUAAUUUUCCCCGAAGGCACAUGCAUCAACAACACAUCCGUGAUGCAAUUCAAGAAAGGCAGCUUUGAAGUGGGAGGUGUCAUUUAUCCCGUUGCUAUCAAAUACGAUCCACGAUUCGGCGAUCCAUUUUGGAACAGUUCCAAAUACUCAAUGAUGCAGUACCUGUUCCUAAUGAUGACAUCAUGGGCAAUUGUGUGCGAUGUGUGGUAUCUGCCGCCGAUGUACCGUCAAGAAGGCGAAUCGGCCAUUGUGUUCGCGAAUCGUGUCAAAAGUGUUAUUGCCAAGCAGGGCGGUCUCAUCGAUCUGGUGUGGGAUGGCAAUUUGAAGCGAAACAAACCGAAAGAGUCGUGGAAGGAGAAACAACAGGAAGAGUUUAGUAAACGGUUAAAAGGUGAAUAGAUGGAAAUGGUGGAACAAGAAUGUGGGGGAUGCUAGUUGGGCCGAGGAAGACUUUUUUGUAAAUUAUAAUGAAGGGUGUACAGUUCGGACAGAGACAAUAACGUGUGAUAAUUUUGAUGGAAAGUGAAAUUAUUUUUGUUAUAAAAUAAGAGAAC